AUGGGACGUGUCUUAAGGGGCGAGAAGAAAGGAGCUGGGCCCACUCGUGGCAGCACAGGAGACGCCUGGGUCUCGGGCGCCUUCUGCACGCCCAUCCAUGGCUACACCGCGCGGGGCCCGGGCGCGGGAGGACCGAAGAGGGGGGCAGAUCUAAGCCAAUUUUGAUUUCGCCUAUAAUGAGUGCCGGGCUAAGGCUGGAGAAGGCCGCUGGAACUUUAAAUAAGAAAAACGUUGCUAAUGCUAUAAUAGAAGGGGGAAGUCGGAGGGCUGGGAUUGCGUCGCUCUGAGCCCCCCUUUUCGGAGGCGGCUUUUCUUAUUCAAAACAGGCCCACAAUGGGCUUCACAGUGCGCCUCGCCACGGCCCCAUCUGACGAGCGGCCAUUCAUCAGGCCCGCUGGCCUAUCAAUGACAUUGCUCCCAUCGGGGCUCCUAUAAAAUGAUGUUUUUUCCCAUGAAACAUCCGCAAACAUUUUGACGGGUUUGGCUUUGCCCGACUGGAUUACUGAGUGUCCCCUCGCUCGCUCGCUCGCUCACAAGCUCUCUCCCUCUGCUCUAGCUCGCUUCCUUCUCUUGCUUCUUUGCCUCUUUUCUUUCGUCAGCUUCUUUCUUUCCCCUCUUUAUUCUUUUGCCCUCUCACCCAUCCUCUCCCUCACUCUCUUUCUCCUCUCACUACCCCUUCCUUCCUUCCCUCCUUUCCCUCCCUUCCUCCCUGGGCAUCUCUAGCACAGGGGAUCCCCAAAUAUCAGGACUUUUGGGGGGCGUCUGUGCUGUCCAUGGGAAGAGCAUGCAUUGUGGGUUACUGGAGGAACCCGACAUGGAUUCCACAGAGAGCUGGAUUGAAAGAUGUCUCAACGAAAGUGAGAACAAACGCUAUUCCAGCCACACAUCUCUGGGGAAUGUGUCUAAUGAUGAAAAUGAGGAAAAAGAAAAUAACAGAGCCUCCAAACCCCACUCCACUCCAGCCACUCUGCAAUGGCUGGAGGAAAACUACGAGAUUGCAGAAGGCGUCUGCAUCCCUCGCAGUGCUCUCUACAUGCACUACCUGGAUUUCUGUGAGAAGAAUGACACCCAGCCUGUCAAUGCCGCCAGCUUCGGGAAGAUCAUAAGACAGCAGUUUCCUCAGCUAACCACCAGAAGGCUCGGGACCCGAGGACAGUCAAAGUACCAUUACUAUGGCAUAGCAGUGAAGGAAAGCUCCCAGUAUUAUGAUGUGAUGUAUUCAAAGAAAGGAGCUGCCUGGGUGAGCGAGACGGGCAAGAGAGAAGUGACCAAACAGACGGUGGCGUAUUCUCCCCGGUCCAAGCUAGGCACGCUGCUGCCAGACUUCCCAAACGUCAAAGACCUAAAUCUGCCAGCCAGUCUUCCUGAGGAGAAGGUGUCUACCUUUAUUAUGAUGUACAGAACACACUGCCAGAGAAUCCUGGACACUGUAAUACGAGCCAACUUUGACGAGGUUCAAAGUUUCCUUCUGCACUUUUGGCAAGGAAUGCCGCCCCACAUGCUGCCCGUGCUAGGCUCUUCCACGGUGGUGAACAUCGUGGGCGUGUGCGACUCCAUCCUCUACAAGGCCAUCUCCGGGGUGCUGAUGCCCACCGUGCUGCAGGCAUUGCCUGACAGCUUAACUCAGGUGAUCCGAAAGUUUGCCAAGCAGCUGGAUGAGUGGCUGAAAGUGGCUCUCCAUGACCUCCCAGAAAACCUGAGAAACAUCAAAUUUGAAUUAUCGAGAAGGUUUUCCCAAAUUCUGAGAAGGCAAACAUCGCUGAAUCAUCUUUGCCAGGCAUCGCGCACGGUGAUCCACAGUGCAGACAUCACGUUCCAGAUGCUGGAGGACUGGAGGAAUGUAGACCUGAGCAGCAUCACCAAGCAGACCCUCUACACCAUGGAGGACUCUCGGGAUGAGCACCGCAGACUCAUCAUCCAGUUGUACCAGGAGUUUGACCACCUGCUGGAGGAGCAGUCGCCUAUUGAGUCUUACAUAGAGUGGCUGGACACCAUGGUGGACCGAUGUGUUGUGAAGGUGGCUGCCAAGAGACAAGGGUCCCUGAAGAAAGUCGCGCAGCAGUUCCUGCUGAUGUGGUCUUGCUUUGGCACAAGAGUGAUCCGGGACAUGACCUUGCACAGUGCUCCCAGCUUUGGGUCUUUUCACCUAAUUCAUUUGAUGUUUGAUGACUACGUGCUCUACUUACUAGAAUCUCUGCAUUGUCAGGAGCGGGCCAACGAGCUCAUGCGAGCCAUGAAGGGCGAAGGAAGCACCGCAGAAGUCCAGGAAGAGAUUAUCCUGACAGAGGCUGCCCCGCCAACCCCUUCGCCAGGCCCAUCAUUUUCUCCAGCAAAAUCUGCCACAUCUGUGGAGGUGCCACCGCCCUCCUCCCCUGUCAGCAACCCAUCCCCCGAGUACACUGGCCUUAGCACAACAGGAGCAAUGCAGUCAUAUACGUGGUCGCUAACGUAUACAGUGACGACAGCUGCUGGGUCCCCAGCCGAGAACUCCCAACAACUACCCUGUAUGAGGAGCACCCACGUGCCUUCCUCCUCUGUCACACACAGGAUACCAGUCUACUCUCACAGAGAGGAGCAUGGGUACACGGGAAGCUAUAACUACGGGAGCUAUGGCAACCAGCAUCCUCACCCAAUGCAGACUCAGUAUCCAGCCCUGCCUCAUGACACAGCCAUCUCUGGGCCCCUCCACUACUCCCCUUACCACAGGAGCUCUGCGCAGUACCCUUUCAAUAGCCCCACUUCCAGGAUGGAACCUUGCCUGAUGAGCAGUACCCCGAGGCUGCACCCUACCCCAGUCACUCCCCGGUGGCCAGAGGUGCCAACGGCCAACUCGUGCUACACGAGCCCGUCUGUGCACUCCACGAGGUAUGGAAACUCGAGUGACAUGUACACACCCCUGACCACGCGCAGGAAUUCUGAGUACGAACACAUGCAACACUUCCCUGGCUUUGCUUACAUCAACGGAGAGGCGUCCACCGGAUGGGCCAAAUGACUGCUUUCAUAGAAAUCCAUAUUUAAUAUUAAUA